AUGGGUGAGAAGAAGUCUGCUGUGAACCGUCCCAUGAACCCCCAGCAGCGGGAUGCGGAUAUCAGCACAAAGCUUCAACUUUACGGCAUCUACAGUGCAUUCGCGAAUGGCAAGCUACCAUCGAACAAGCAAUGCGAUGUAGCCCUGAACAGCGCUAUCAAGUCAAAAUGGCUUUCAUCUCCGUCAAAGGAGCUUUCCGAAGACGGGCGGACCCUAGUCAAGGAUCUCCGUGACGUCAUUGACAAGACCAAGCUACUCUUCCUCACCAAGAACGAGGGCGAGCUGCUACAGGAAUUCAUCUGGGAUGCCCAGCAGAUCACUGGCGAAGAGUUUCGAGGAGCUAGUGGACCCGUCAACAAGGAAUCUGCUAGUCAGGAUGCCGACAGGGCUGCUGAGGGCUUCAAGACUUUGGGCACGCUUUUGAUUACCAAUGGAGAAUUCCGCAAGCUAUUGAGUGAUGCUGUCGUCCUUCUCCGGGAUAUUGCUGGUGAUGCCGCUAGCAAGGCCGCCACCAAACUUCGACCGGACGAGAAUGCUCUUUCUCAGAUUGAUCAACCUGCUGAAGAGAAUGUCUGGUACGAAAAACCUGACAUUAACAAGGACGCACUAAAGGCACAAUUCAAGGAGCAGACAGACCGCCUUAAGCCUGCAGCCAAUGCCGCUACCUCUUCAGCUACUGGCGGUCGGGAAGAUGCUCCUGUCUCUGAGAUCGAUGCACGUGCUGGUGCCUCUGCUGUUAAAGAGACCCUGCAACAAUCUGCGGAGCGAAAUGUCCCUCCCGAGGACCGGGAACAAGCUCAACGGAUCAGAGAUCAAGCGCAAGCUGUUUCUAGUGAAUAUAGCAAUCGCACCAAGGAAUUCUUGGCUUCUAAAAUGCCGCCUGAGCGUCGUGAUCAGGUCGUUUGGCGCCUGAAGAAGAUGAUUGUUGAGAUUCAGGGCCACUCUAAUUAUCAACAAGCUAUCGAGACACUCUUGAGUUUGGCCGAGACAUAUGCUGGACAUGGAAAGGAUCUUACCUCCCAGGGAUCCACCGCCGCUAAAGGUGCCAGAGAAAACAUUAUUAUACGCAAAGCUGAAACUAAUUUGAGGAUUUUGAUCGAGAGAUUUGCGAAUAGCACGUCGACUGAUGAUUUCUUCGACUCGCUCAACACCGUUUAUCGUGAUGCAGACCAGGAUCCACGCCUAAAAGACUGGUUCAAGAAUGUCGAUACUUAUAUUCGGAAAUGCUUGCGCGAACAAGGAUUCAUCAUGCAAGAUGCAGCCACUGAGCAGUGGAACAAGCUGUAUGAUGAGGGCCGCUUCUUGCUUCGAGACCGCUACAGAAGCCACACAGAUCGAAUUGCCGAUGAAGCCAAGUUUUUGGCCACUCAAUUCGAUGAAGAUCCUCAGAACAGAGCUUUCCGUCAAUCCUUGGAAAAACUAUUUAAAGAUCUAGGCCAGGAUCAGUACGGAAAGCCGGUAUUCAAGCCUCAGUUGAUCAAGGAUAUCACCAAUGUCAUUAUCCCUGAGAUCUUUGAGAAUGCCAGCUACAUUCCUAUUCCUCGAAUCGAGGUGUCUGAUCGAGCUGUUGACAUGGUCAUCGAGAAUUUGAUCAUUGAGAGUGACAAUUUGAUGCCGAAUGUCGUGGAAUUUGGUGCUGACAACUACUGGCGUUGGGGCCGUAAGAUGAUCAGCAACAUUGAUGAUCACAAGAUUAUGAUUUCCGCCUCUGGUAUUCAAGCUGAUCUUCGAGAUGUGAAUUAUUACUUGAAGAGGAAGCAAGGAUUCCCGUUGCUUACUGAUACUGGUGUCAUGGAUAUCCUCCUCGGCGGUACAGGCUUCGGUUUCAAGAUUGCUGCUUCCAAGGCACAGAAAAAUGACCGCAACGCCAUCUUUAAGCUCGACAGUGUCAAGAUCAACAUAAAGAACUUGAGUCUGAACCUGAAGAAGUCCAAUCACAAGAUCCUUUUCACGAUCUUCAGGCCCAUGCUGCUGAAUGUUGUCCGCCCCGCUAUUGAGAAGGUGCUGGAGAGCCAGAUUCGUGAGGCAUUCCAGAAGGCCGAUGCAUUUGCCUACCAGGUGCAGAAGGAGGCUCAACGUGCUCAGGAUGCGAUCCGCGAGGAUCCUGAGAACGCAAAGAACAUCUUUGCCCGGUAUGCCGACGCAGCUCGCCAAGUCAUUACAGAGAAGAAGAAGCAGGCCGAAACUAUUGCCCAGCGUGGCCCCAAGGUCAACUUGGCAAUGACUCACCAGGAUGCUAUGCUCAAGGAUAUCAAGCUGCUUGGCGGUGUCACUACAAAGGCUACUGAGUACAAAGAGCUUUCUGCCAAGGGUGAUCGUUGGCAAUCACCAGUCUUCAACUGGGGAAGUUCCUCGCCAACAAACAACUUGCCAAAACCUGCCGAGGUCACUCGCAAGCCUCACACUACCGCCGAAAGCCGCCUCCAAGAAAGGCCAACGGCUGAUGGUGCUGGAACUGACGGUUCCGGCGUCAACGGAUUCCAUCAUACAGGCGCAACUAAUGGAGCGAAUGGACAUGCAUUGUCACCAGCUGAUGGUGUAAGCGCUCAUGGCACCAACGGCACUUUCAAGAAGGAAGUCGACCGUGCCUUUGACGCCAAUGCCGCUCCUGCUCCGACGUUGGAUGGCAUUUAAUGGUUGUGCUUGGACGUUACUGCAAAUUCACCUGUCUGGAAUUCCUUUUUUGAUACCAAGAAUUUAUCCCAAUAGUAAUGAUAAGUUGUGGGGGCGAUGCGUGAUUUGAGUUUUGAGAACGAGAUACGAUUCAGCAAUCGCUAGCGUGUUUGUAUGAUACUGUACAAUGUUUAGUUUCCUUUGUUAGAUACUGCUAAUAAUGCUUGAUUAUUCAAU